UAGUGCGAGUGAGUGAGUGGGUGGGGUGGGGGGGGAAACGACGACGACGAGCGAACAACUAGUUGUUGACUUCCAGAACUGGAUUCUCGGAAUGUUUAGACAUAUUGGCAUAUUAACCCGCCGUCGAAAUGUUGUUGCGUUGCAUGGACGUGGACGUGGUGGCGGCUAUUUGGGUAACUUUGUUGUUGCUGAAAACUUGUACGUGUUCCGCCCAGGAGGAGGACGUCGACGGCGAGGUUUUGGAGCACGACGAAAUGACCGAGUUUUACAGAAAGGGUCUUUUCGCCUUGGAGAGCACCCUGCUCCAGCGCUGUGUCACAGUGGAACAAUCCGACCUCGUGCUCCGAGACUGUCGUCGUCCCACCCGCCGCAUGCUGUGGAAGUGGGUCUCCCACCAUCGCCUCUUCAACUUGGGCACCCACACGUGCCUGGGCCUCAACAUGUCCGACGCCACGCGGCCCCUGGGAACCUUUCGGUGCGACGCGGACCUUCCCGUACUGUGGUGGCGCUGCAGAGGGAACAUGCUGUACGGAGCAUCCCGGUGGAAGGUGGCCGUGGCUGGAAAUUUGGUGGUGGUGAAGAGAAACUCUUAUCAUGAGUGGAAACGGUUCAACACGGCGAGAGAGGGGCCCUGCUCAAAUCCAUAUGAAGAUAUCCACACUUUAUUGGGAAAUGCACACGGCAUGCCCUGUGCGUUGCCCUUCAACUACAACAACAAAUGGUACUCGGAGUGCACCACUGAGGGCCGCGAAGAUCAUCUUCCGUGGUGCUCGACCACCACCAGAUAUGACGAGGCAGAAAAGUGGGGUUUCUGUCCCGUGCAUGAUUACAGUUGUGAGCAUUUCUGGGAGUCGAACCACGAGCUGCGUGCUUGCUAUCAGUUCAACCUGUACACCAUCCUCACGUGGAGUCAAGCCAUGCUGACAUGUCAGGCUCAGGGUGGCAAUCUGCUCAGCAUCACCAGCUUGGCAGAGCACAGGUACAUCAGAGAUCGGAUGGAUAGCGUUGGAGCAAUGGUGUGGAUCGGGCUCAACCACUUGAAGGCCGGUCGGGGGUGGCAGUGGUCUGAUGGCGCACCUCUGUCGUUGGUUCAUUUCACAACAGCGCUGCCGGCCAGCCCUCUGGAGGACAACCGACAGUGUGGCGUGUACAACUCCGGCCCUGACGGACUCUGGCAGAGUCUUUCCUGCGAGUCUGCUCUGCCUUACAUCUGCAAGAAGACACCCAAUGACACGCACAGAGCCGAGCCACUCGAGAACUGGCAGUAUGUCCAAACGGUGUGUGAUGACGGCUGGCUGCCUCAUAACGGUUUCUGCUACCAGAUCCCGGAGGAUGCGAGAAGCUGGGAGGAGUCUUCCCAGACAUGCGUCUCUCGUAACGCUAACCUCACCGGCCUUCACUCGCUCUCUGAGGUUGAGAUGCUGCACAGUCUUCUGGCGAACUACUCUGGCGAGAGUUCAGGACUGUGGAUUGGUCUGCGGAAACAAGCGUCUUCUGCGACUGUAGAGUGGUCCGAUGGCUCACCAGUAACUCUCACAAUGUGGCACCAGUACCAACCUCCACGCAACCUGACUGGUGCGAGCCUCUGCGCCAAGGCAGACAGGAAGGAAGGUGCCUGGCUUUUGGUUUCAUGUGACGAGCGACUUCCUGCCGUGUGCCGCAAAGACAGCCAUCGGACAUCGGUUCAUAAACUCGGAACUUGGGACGAAGGCUGCCCUGAGGGCUGGAAGCGUUACGGUCACUCCUGCUACACCAUCACCAGGCAUGAACAGAUUUAUAAGGAUGCACAGAGUGGCUAUUACUGCAACGCGCCUCUCCUUACUGUGGACAACAGGUUCGAGCAAGCAUUUGUCAACAGUUUGCUGAGUGCUAAUGGGGCCAAUGGCAGCAUGUCUUACUGGAUUGGCCUCAUAGACUCAGGCGGGAGUGAAUACAGAUGGCUGCAUCACAAUGGUUCCACUCUGCCUCUCACCUUCACAAACUGGAACAAACAUCAGCCAGUUAGUUCCAACGGCUGUGUUGCAAUGUCAGGUGGUUCUGCUCUGGGCCACUGGGAGGUGAAAGACUGCAAUUCCCACAAAGCCUUGUCAGUCUGUAAGCAGAGCAUUAGCAGCUACCGGGAAGUCCAGCUGCUACCAGAAGCCCACAUUGACGCCUUUAGCGCCUGUCCUCCAGGAUGGGAAUCACAAGCUGGUCUCGUCUACUGUUUUAAAGUUUUCCAUGACGAAAAGGUUCUCAUGAAACGUUCCUGGGUUGAAGCGGACUACUUUUGCCAGGCUCUCGGAGCCCAGCUGGCCAGUUUCCGCCACUAUGCGGAGCAGUUGUUUGUCAAGCAACUCCUCAGUACCAUGUUCGAAGGAACAGAGGGUCGCUGGUUGUGGGUUGGCUUCAAUAAAAGAGAUCCUGAACAUCCGGGAGCUUGGGAAUGGUCCGAUGGUUCUCCUAUGAUGACCUCCUUCAUCGAGGACAAAAAUGACGAGGAUGACAGGAGGGACUGCGCGGUGUACAGUGACCUGCCCAACAGUCUCACGCCGCGGCCGUGCGAAAGCAAACACGAGUGGAUCUGUAAGCUGCCCAGAGGAGAGCAACUGAAAAAACCCUACUGGUAUACUGAGCAGAGCGAGCCGUGGGUGUUUUACCGUAGCGCUGAGUACCUGGUGGCCAAGCAGCCCUUCAGCUGGGAUGCCGUCUCUCUUGCUUGUCAGAUGAUGGGAGCCUACCUGCUGUCCAUUCACUCCGGAGAGGAGCUGAACUUUGUCAAGGAGCGCUUGCGACGGCUCUCCCUCGGCCCCACUGACUGGUGGAUUGGUCUUUCCAUUGACCAGCACGGAGAGGAGGUCAGGUGGAGUGACAAGACAGAGGUCAACUUUCACAACUGGGCAGAGGACAAUGAUGGCCACAAUGGUAGAAAAACUGGGUUGUGUGUCACCAUGUCCUCAUCAACAGGGAAGUGGUCGGCCAAUCAAUGCAGCGAUCUUCAUGGAUAUGUUUGCAAGAGAAAGACCAUCUCUGUAGUGGAGACUCCGAGGGAGCCGCACUACAUCGGAGGGUGUCCGGAGAAAUGGAUGUACUUUGGACACAAGUGUCUCCUGCUUCACCUCCCUGACACUCCAAAGGAGGGAAAGAGUUGGAAUGACGCCCGGUCCAUCUGCUCCUCAUUCCAAGGCUCACUCGUGGCUAUAGAAGAUGAGAUUGAACAAGCAUACAUCACCAUGUUGCUUCAGGGAAUCUCUGUAGGCGUGUGGAUUGGUCUGUGGAAUCAAGAUACCAUGAAAUGGACAAAUGGGAGACCGGUCAGCUAUACCAACUGGUCUCCCAUUGAACCAAAGAGCUACCUCAAUGAGGAUGAGUUGCUCACUGGCUUGGCUGAUGAACCGCUGUGCACCGUGCUGUCCAACAACCACAAUGUCCACCUGACGGGGAAGUGGUAUGAUGAGAAGUGCGGUGACGAUGGCUAUGGCUUUGUUUGCCAAAAACCUCAAGAUACGUCCAAACCCCCCACGCACUCUUCUCGCCACCCGCUCCCUGACAGCGUUGAGUACAAAAGCCGCAGUUAUAAGAUGGUUUCGGGCAACAUGAGCUGGUAUGACGCCAUGCAUAUGUGCAUAGACAAUGAUUCAGACCUAGUGAGCAUCACCGAUGCCUACCACCAGGCUUUCCUUACGGUCCUCGUCAAUAGAUUGGGAGUUCCACACUGGAUCGGACUGUACAGUCAAGAUAGUGGGAUCAACUAUCAGUGGUCAGAUGGCAGUGACACCGUGUACACACACUGGGAUGCGGCUGAAGACGACUUUGAGACCGGAGAGUGCGUGUACAUGGACGUGAAUGGGGGAUGGCGGCGAGCUGACUGUGAAACUCUUCUACCAGGAGCCUUGUGCCACAUCCCGCCGCCAAGGAAUAAGCCCUUUAUCUCAUACGAGGCUGUGUGCCCCUCGACGUGGGUGAAAUUUGGACACGGCUGUUACAACUUUGAGCCUGUGGUGCAGAAACUGGCUUUUGAGGAGGCGCGAGAGCACUGCAGACGGAAAGUCAACACUUCGGACGUCCUGUCCAUCGAGAACGACGUAGAGAACCGCUUUGUCCUAGAGCAGCUGUGGUCUUCAGGGUUCCUUCACCAGAACAUGUGGUUGGGGCUUUACUUCAACAUUGACACGGAUUCGAUGGCUUGGGUGGACGGUUCACCUCUAGACUACAGCAGCUGGCCCAACAAAGCUCCCGACCUCAAGCUGCUGACCGCCGACACCUGCGUCAGCACCCGGGCGGUGGACGGAGUGUGGCGCUUGUCAGGGUGCACCGAGCGCCUCGGCUUCGUCUGCAAAACAAUCUCAGAUGUAACUACUGAAGUGGAAAUGGAACCAUUCAAUGGAUUACAUAACGGCAUCAUCCUCGCUGCUGUACUGGUGGCCGUGCUGAUCUUUGUUCUGCUGGCAGGAGCGGUGUGCUUUGCUUACAGGAGAAACGCACAUUUUCGGGGGCUCCCUGCACUCGGUACCGCCUAUUACCGACAAACGGGCUCCCAAGCUACGGAGUCGGACGGUAACGUGCUGAUCACAGAGCUGGAAGAUCACUCAGGAUAACAUUUAUGGCUGACAUUGCAAAUUUGAUUCUGAACAGGGUUGACGUCUUGGUAGCAAACAUUUUAUAAUUCAGUAGGUAUGGAAAGCCAUUUAAGAAUUUAUUCGAUAUCCUUGAUGUGCAGUUUAAAUUCUUCGAUAGCUCAGUUGGUAGAGUGGAGGAUUGUAGAGGCUGAAAUCUUUAGGUUGCUGGUUCAAGUCUGGCUCAAAAGGGAAUUUGCCUAUUAUUUACAAUAGGAAUGAAAAAUAACAUGGUUUAUUCAUCCAAAUCUACCAAUUACCUGUAGACAAUCCCACAACUGCUCCAUGCUACAUAAAUGGCUUCCAAUAAUGCUGUGCUACAUACUUUGUUUCUGUCCCCAGAUAUGCGUGAUAAAGAGCUUGUGUAGUACCAAAGUCUGACGCUUUGUGUACAAUAGAGCAAUUGUGGCAUAUUCUAGAGGUAGAUUUAGAUGAAUAAGUGCGCUUAUUUUUUAUUCCUAAUUUUCCUAAAGAUUGAAAAUUCUCAAAAAUAUCCUUCGAGCUAUACUUGGACCAGCAACCUAAGGGUUUCAGCUUUAAACCACUACAGUCCACCGCUCUACCAACUGAGCUAUCGAAGGAAGCGGUUUGUGUAGAACGUGCGUCAUUUUCUGAAAAUUUUUAGAUCCUAUUUUCAAAAAGAGUGACAAUUCUCGGAUUUCAGCUUUAGACCUCAACAGUCUUCCGCUCUACGAACUGACCUAUCGAAGGGUUACCAGUCUCAUGGUUUGUGUAGAAUGGAGCAAUUGUGGUAUUGUCUACAAGUCAAGCCACGAUUAUUUUUAGUGCCUAUUUUCGUAAAGAUUGAAAAUUCUCAAAACAUCGCUCGAGCCGGAAUUGAACCAGAAACCUAAAGAUUUCAGCUUUAAACCUCUACCGGGUAAUUGAAAGGUACCUCCCUUUGUACUUGUACUAAGUACUUGUAAUUUGCUCCUUUAAUCAUGGAACAUACACAAAUAAAUUGAGAAAAAUAUUACAACAUAUGAAUAAAUAAGUAUUUUAAAAGGGGGAUUUACUUUUCAAUCACCCUGUAUAGUCCACCGCGCUACCACCUGAGCUAUCAAAGGGUUAAUGUCCAUAUGCUGUUUCACUGGUUUUCCUCACUAGUAAACCAAUUACGCGAACGGCCUACUAGUACAAUCUUAAAAUGGACAUCAAGGAUAUCGAACAUAUGCUCGAACGGGUUUCCACAGAACCUCUUGUGAGCUUCGUGUUCAAAAAAAAUAAAGAAAUAAAGAAAUUGACACCUUUAAAUUCCCAAAACCCAGCAUUGAACCAGUUUCAGUUUCAGCCCAAUCACUCAAUACUUAUGGUCAUGUGACAAAAGGGAAAACUAAAGUCUUGAUUGCAAAUAAGGAUUUUGGAUUGGAUAGUUUAGUACAGGUGAAACAAAAAUGACCGUGUCACCUCAGAGCCAACAGUGUUUCCUGGUGAGAAGAUUGCUGUCCAAAUGAAACAGACUUCAACUAUUGUCAUGUCUUUUUUUUUUUCUUUGUAAAUUUUAAUUACAGGCCAAAUAAUCCUGUCGAAAGUAUUACUAAUAUUAGAUGUAAAUACAUGUUUUAUUGUUUUUGUAUGUUGAACGCUAUCAAACCUCAAAUCUUCUAAGUUUAUGGAAAUGUUUGAGGAUUGGUUGCACAUCUUUAAUAUCCGGCUUAAGGUGUAGGCACUAGUACGUAUUUUGUCUUCACUAGUAAACCAAUUCAGCACACGAGCAGAAGAACAACUCUGUCUUACCUGUAACAUUUCCCCCUACAAGUGCUACUUCUGACCUCAUGGCACACCAUUAAACCUUAAUACUAAACUACUGUGCUGCAUUAGUAACACUACUGAGGUCAACUAGGAGGAAUGUGUCAUGCACUACAAACCUCCCGGAUCCUACCAGAUGCACAAAAAUGCACUCAAUUGUGUACUACUAAACCAAACAUGGCGCUAGUAGUGGAAAAAUGUGUUCUACUAGUCGUGUGGUUGAAUUGUCUUACUAGUGAGGACAAAGAGCGUACUAGUAGAGGGACCUUAAGUUGGAUAUCAAGGAUAUGAAAAUCAAUGCUGAAACUCCUUUCCAUCCAAGGUGACGUACAUGUUACCUGGAUGUGUUAUUUGUUGCAAAGCAAGUUAUGAGCUGUAAUUUGCACAUUUGUGUGUAGUUCAAUAAAUUCACGGUGGGCCAACAAACAAA